AUGGCCCAAGACGAGGAUCACCAAAUCACUGCAAAAAUCGAAAAAUCUCUCACUAGCACACCCUAUGCCUGCUCCUCCCUAACCCGCCUAAGUGGCGGAACAGCCAACUUCAUCUAUCGCGGGAUCCUUCAACGGCCGCUGGAAGAUGGCACGAAAACGGUGAUUAUCAAACAUGCAGAGGAGUUUUUGGCAUCGUCUAAGGAUUUCAAGUUAACAGCUGAGAGAUGCGUGAUAGAGGAAAUGAUCCUCAACGCCCUCACAACCCUCCCACCAAGUACAAUUAAAAGCUCCAUUGUCAACACACCAUAUCUCUACCACUUCGACCAUUCCACCCACACCCAGAUCCUGGAGGAUCUGCCAGCCGCCCAAGAUCUCAAAUCUUUCACAAUCGCCCAUGGGCACGAUCUCCCCGAGUCUCUGGCGAGAUCUAUUGGUCGCGGGCUUGGCGAGUGGCUUCGUGCAUUCCAUGCGUGGACGGAAGAUGAUGCACAAAGGAGUUUAAAGGGGAAGAUUUGCGCUGAUAGGCUCAUGGCGGAGUUGAAGUUCAGUGUUAAUUACGACAUUCUGGUUCAAAAACUACAGCAAUUCCCAGGUGCGUUGGAGGCCUCGAGGGAUGUCUUCGAGAAAGUGAGGGAGAUGGCUAGGGGGGAGAUUGGGAAAUUUCAAGGAGAGGGAUUCGGUUUGAUCCAUGGUGAUUUUUGGACGGGGAAUGCACUCAUCCAAAGUACUGUUUUGGAUUGCCAGCAACAACGACCCAAGCCGACCCCAACCCUCUUCAUAACAGACUGGGAACUAUCCCAGUGUGGACCCCGAGCCCUCGACCUGGGUCAGAUGAUUGGUGAGCUAUACAUGCUUAAGCAUUUCAAGAACCUCGAUGCCGGGUUAUGGAUUAUCCAGGACUUCAUAGAGGGUUAUCUCCCCGCGUUGAACGUGGAUAUGGCGUUCCGGGCUGCUAUUCAUGCCGGGGUGCAUUUGGUGGCGUGGGGGAGUUCAGUUCAGGGAUGGGGGACAGAGGAGCAGGUUGAGAAUGUGGUGAGCGUUGGGAGGGAUUUUGUGAUGAGGGGAUGGGAAAGGGAUAUGGCUUGGUUUAAAAAGAGCGCAUUGGGGUGCUUGUUCCCGGAUGAAUUAUAA